GGAGGCGGGUAUCGGGUUCCCAUUGGUCUUCAUGCCGGUGAUCUGGGCGGUGAUUGGGCAGCUGAAACGAGGUGGGUUCGAGACGGAGAUCUCGCCAGCAGGAGAAGCCAGAGCGGCUGCCAGAUGGCCGCCUCGGGUCUGCGGGCGGAGCUAGACUCGGUGUUUUUGCAGCUGCUCGGAGACCUGGAGGAGCUGGAAGCGAAACGGACGGCGCUGAACGCCCGGGUGGAGGAGGGCUGGCUCUCGCUCGCCAAAGCCCGCUACGCCAUGGGCGCCAAGUCGGUGGGGCCUCUGCAGUUCGCCUCCCGCAUGGAGCCCCAGGUCUGCGUGCGUGCCAGCGAGGCCCAAGACGGACUCCAGACGUUCCGAGUGGUCAGAGCGGACACUCAGACCCCAGAGGAGGUGGGACCCCGCGAAGUAGCUCUACGUAGACGCAAAGGCCCUGCCAAGACCCCAGAACCAGAGUCCUCUGCAAUUCCACAGGAUCCCCUAAACUGGUUUGGAAUCCUGGUUCCACACAGUCUUAGGCAGGCCCAAGCAAGCUUCCGAGAUGGCCUGCAGCUGGCUGCAGAAAUAGCCAGCCUCCAGACUCGAAUCAACUGGGGUCGAAGCCAGCUCAGGGAGCUCCAGGAGGAAAUCAAGCGGCUUGAGCCUGGGGCUGCCUGACUGUCCAGAGCAGGGCACAGCUGUUCUUGGAUGUGGCUCCAUAUAUCAGGCUUCCUAUCCUUUCCUGUGCCUCUUCUCUGCCUGAUGUUUCCUCCUUAAAAGACCUUGUUCUGCAUGUUUCUGGCUAUGUGAGGUGUAAAUUUUGAAGAGGCAAACUGGAGAAAACUGAAAGCCAGUUUUGUGAAACCUCUUCUAUGCCCAUGUUCUCAAGAGGAGACGCACCCCCCACCCCACCUCUGACAGUAGCUAACAGGUACAUGGUGAUUCAUGUUAGGGAACAAUUGAAAAAUUCAUGUCAAGUGUGAUCUUGUUCCUAGAUGACGAAACAUUGUUGAAACAAUGGCAGAGCAAGACAACUGGUACAGAUCAUCCAUGGAUGGAAGAAAAGGUCAUGCAUAGUUGAUAGAUUAAGCCAGUAUGGUUUAAGUCAAUAACAAGAAGAACACCUAGUUGAGUAUGACAGUGCAUGCCUGUAGUCCCAGCUAUGUUGAGGCUGAGGCAGAAGGACUUAAGAGGGAAAAGAAGGUUAUGGGGGAACCCUUCAGCACUCUAGUUGGAGAUGAGCCUGGGCAACCAAGACUGUCUUAAA